GUUUGUAGUUUAGCAUUAAAUAUCUGAUUAAGAAUUUUAUUCACUAGUAUGCUCGGUCACAUAAAAAAAAGUUUCCAGAUUUUGGGGGGUUGGGUUGAACCCACUGAACGCGCCUUGAAUACUCCACUGCCAGUGGAGUUUAUCAAUUAUUAUGCUAUUAUCUUUGUGGUUUUCAUUAUUAUGAACGGUGUUGUGGUUAGCGAUUGCAAGUAUGGACAUCUUGAUGAAUGGGAGAUAUGGUGGUUGUGGUGGUUUGUUUGUUCACUAUUGUGGCCAAGGAUUUUCUUUUUCACAGGGAUUGAAUGUUAAUACGCUGAAUUUUCUUCACGAAAAAAACUAUGCUUUCUACCUUGAAUUUUCUAUUUGUUUGACAUUUGUGGUAGUCUUCUCCCUUUAUUUUCUUCCUUGUUAUUCCUUUAUUUCCCCAUUAACGCCCCUGCAUCUCCCUUUCUUCAUCCCUAUUGCAGUAAUUUAGUUUGUUUUUCUUCUCUUCGCAUCUUCUUCUCUGAAAGUUGUGACCUGCACAUGGUGGGUAAAUACCAGAUAAAUGGUCAACCCCAACAUCUGGCGUAAGGGAGUGCAAUGUCUUGUUUAUAGAGUGACAAACCAGCCUGGUGUUAUUGUAAAUCUGGGAGUGAAAAGCGGCUCUGUUUUUUUCCAGAAAUUUCAAAAAUAGAUGGCAAGCUCUUAUGCUUCAGAGGGUGAUGGGGUAUCAAAAACUGGUUGCAAUGAUGUAUUUGAGCAAUUAGAAAUUUCGAAAUCUGAUAGUCAUGAGAGCAAGAAUUUGGGUGAUGAUAUCCUUAAUGAUUUGGAUUCAUAUUUGGAGGAUAUAGAUGACCGUCUAACCAUUUCAAGAAUGGUUAGUGACUCUAUUAUCAAAGGCAUGGUGAACGCUGUAUCACAGGAGGCAGCUGAGAUAGUUGUUGCUAAAGAACUAGAAGUAACUAAGUUGAAGGAAGUGUUGUGCUAUCAACAAUUUGGUAAUAGUGAAAUUGAUGCAUCCAAGACCUUGAGAAAGCAUCUGGAACUAGAAUUGCAAGACCAUGGUAGAGAGUCUCUUGGAUUACUAAAUCAGGCUGUUAAAGAACAACUGGAAAGGCUUGAAAAAUGUAUUGGAAAUACAAAAGGGCCUAAAUAUAGAGAAAUUAUCUCAAGUCCAAGCUUAAUAACGUUUGGUGGAGAUCUCGAAGAAAGCUUAACCAUAGAGAAUGAUUUGGAUGAAGCAUUUUAUUGCCUCAAAGCUGCACUAAAAGCUCUGUGUCAAAAAGUGGACGUAGUUGCUUUUUCACCAGAAUUUUUUAUUGAGGAGUGGAAGGCGGAGUUGCACAUGCGCAAAGAACUUGAAGCAAUGGUGUUCUCCACUGUUGUUCAAGGUUUACAAUACGAAUAUGAAAAACAGCUUUGGGAUGUUAGUUAUGUUCCAACGUUAAUUUAUGGGUUCAAUGAAAUAUCCAGUCUACGUCAUGAACUAGACUCCAUUCAGAAGUGUUUUGUUGGUGCUGAAGUUGGGAAUCUUAGUCCACAAGUGUCUCUAGACAUGGAUCACCUUCACCGUACAGUUUCAAGCAAUCAUGGUUUACCUACUCAGCUUUGGGACGGAAAUGGUAGAUGUGAGGAGUCCAAAAGUAGUAUGCCGGAGUCUUUUGAAACUUCCCCGUUGAAACACAUGUCAGCCCGAGAUCUCUAUCAAUACUUUAGGACUGUGAUAACCGAGAUGAAACGGGGAAAUGAGUCUACUGUUCAGGGAAUGACUGAGGAAUGUUUUACUUUAAAGCGAGAACUCCUGAAAGAGAGAGAAUUGAAAAAGGAUAAGGUUUUUGAAAAGUUAAAGAAAAAAAUUCCAGAGGUUAUUGCUGAGUUGGAUGACAUUGUAAAAGAGAAUGAAAAGUUGUCUGAGUUCUGCAAUCAUUCCAACAACAAGCUGGGUAGCCUACUUCUUGAAAACUGUCACCUCAAGGGUUUACUCAAUGGGCAGAAACAAGAAGUACGUCACUUGUCCUUACAAGCCUCUAACGCCGCAAAGGAACUGCUGCAACAUGCGAGGGCUGAGGAGCAGCUGCAUAAACGGGUAGGAGAUCUUGAGCAUGUUUUAGAGGAUGAACGUAUAUACGCAUCUAUUAGUGAAGAAGUCUAUAAAUGCGUAAUAAGAGAAAUGGCUGCACGGAUCAACUCUAGCUCUGAAGAUCUAGAUGUGAUGUCCAUCAUCAUGCAAGAUUUCUUUCGAAUUAUCAAUGAAGAAGCUUUUCAUAGUGUUCAUGUUUCCAGUAAAUCAGAUUAUGAAGAAAUUGAUUUACAGUCCUUUAUUAUACAACAGAUUUACGAAAUUGUAUUCCCAGAAGUGUUAGGAAAUAUGUCAAUGGAUCUCAAACAGUUCAAGGACAGGUGUCUAAAGGAGUAUGAGAGCUUGGAUUUCCUUCAAAGGAAGGUGUCAGAAGUUGAGAAUGAAUUGACAAUGAAGGUUAAAGAAAAUGAAAAAUUGAAGCAUCAGGUGUUUGGGCUUAAAAAAUCAGCUGACAAAAACGAUGAACUAUUGCAUCAACUUAGAGAUCUUCAUGAGAAAGAAAAGCAGGAGUUUACUAAGGAUCAUGAUAAGUUAAUGUGUUUAAGAGCAAAUCAGGAGGCUUUAAUUUAUGACAGAAAUGAAGAACUAAUGUUGCUGAAGGAAAAGUUGGAGGACUCUCAGAAACAAAUUGACCUUUAUUCAAAUGAAGUCAACAAAUUGAAUAAAGAGCUUGAAUUGUCUCAAGAGAAAUCGAGGAAGUCUGAUGAAGAUAAGACCAAUUUAGUCUUGGCUUUAGAAUUGAAGCAAAACUACUUAGCAUCACUAAAGAUGAAAGACAAUGAACACACUGAGCAUAUGAAAUCUCUAUGCCAUGUCAUCCAGGGAUUGUCAAAGUCAUUUGCUGAUUUUGAACUCAGAGUAAAAGAAAGUUUUGGCUGGCAUAACGUGAGGCUGGAGAAUUCAGCCUUUCAGUUACAUUCUCUAAUUCCUAAGCUCAAUGUGCUCCGAAGGACUGGCUCUUUGUACAAGGAAAGACUGGAGAAGAAGUGUUCUGACCUGGAGAAAGCUGAAGCUGAGGUGGAUCUUCUGGGGGAUGAGGUGGAUGCUCUCCUAAGCCUUCUUGAGAAGAUAUAUGUAGCACUUGAUCAUUAUUCUCCAAUAUUGCAACAUUAUCCUGGAACCAUCAAUAUUUUCACCAACCUUACUUUCCAACAGAAAAGGACUAUCUUACAAACCAUGAUGCAAAGGCCAUAUUUGUCCAAAAUGGAACACGCUAGAAAGAGUACAAGGAAAGAAAGAUGUGAAAAAUCCCCAAGAGCAAGAAUUAGCAACGACUCAGUCUACUUUGCAUAAGUACAUGUCCGGCGUUAAACGUUUUCCUCCCACAUAUCAAAAGCAAUUGAGCAUCUCACUUGGAAUAGUUAAAGAUUCUUCCUCUCCCACUUACAAUAAAUCACACUUAGACCCUACCUAAGGGUGUAAGCAGAUUCCUUUCAAAAAAAUAAAUAAGGUGUAAGCUCAUUAAAUAACGUUUAGUUUAUGAAAUCGAUACACUGAUAUACAUAGUGUCGGAUUCAAAAUUUCAAAUUUUGAGGUGCACAAUAGUGAACAAUUUUUUGUGCAUUGUUUUCAACAAUAAUAAACACCAUGUAAAACUAAGUUGUUUGAUGACA